AUGGUGGUCAAUGUGUCUCCAAGAACCAGUAUGAGCUCCAGAAGCAGGCGUGGGUCUACCAUCAAUAACUUGCUGAACUCCAUGGGAAUCAGACAGGGCUCUAAUAACGGUACACAGGUUGGUUCAACCCCCAUGGAUCCAAUUCCCGCUGGGAUGCCUCUGGGAAGCCCUACCAACGGAACUGGCUUUCGCGAUCAGUUUCAGACAGGUAACGCAACACCGCUCAAUACCAGUCAGAACGGCGUACUGAAUGCCACAGAAGGAGUGCAUUCGAACCCCGUACAGGUGUUGAGCUCUGAUGACGAAGACGACCGUGUCGUAUAUGAUGAUGUAGACCGUGAUGAGGCAGGCAGAGCUGGUGAGGAGGAGGACAACAACAACAUCGAGCACAACCAUAACGAAAACGGCGGUCUAGCCUCUGCUAAUAUGUUAGGAACCACUCCGUUCGACCAGGGGCUUCAAAAUAGCACGGUAGCCAAUCUUCGAGACGAGCUGCCAAUCACUCUCACACUAGGUCAAAAUGAUAUCCCGCCUGGUCCGGGCCAUCAGCCCAGUACACUGACGCCAGGCGAAGCAAAUAUGGUUCCCAAGGCAGUACGCCACUUUGUUUAUGGAAGUUCUCAUCCUGAAAGUGCUGUCGAACUGCUGAGCUUGGAUAUAUCCCGGAACGCAGCUCCAAUCGAGCCAGUUGCUCCAGAUGUAGUUCAGUCUCGAAAGGACAAAAACGGUCUUUUUAGUCUCAGACUUACUCCUUUUUUGGACCAGUCUGCGUCUACUAAUCCGGGCCUAUAUUUCGAACCAAUUGUGAGGACGGCUGGUCCCUGCUCCCAACUGGUUAUCGGAAGGUACACAGAACGGGUCAGAGAGUCCAUCACCCGAAUUCCGGAACACUUUCACCCUGUGGUGUUUAAAAGCAAGGUAGUUUCAAGGACUCAUGGCUGCUUCAAGGUAGACCAACAGGGAAAUUGGUACAUUCGAGAUGUUAAAUCCUCCUCGGGUACCUUUUUAAAUCACCACAGGCUGGCACCUGCUUCGACAAUGUCCAAAGAUACUUUACUGCAGGAUGGAGACCUUCUGCAGUUAGGAUUGGAUUUCAGGGGAGGAACGGAAGAGAUAUAUCGAAGUGUGAAGAUGCGUGUUGAACUGAACAAAUCGUGGAAAAGACGUGCCAUGAGAUUCAACCGCGAGGCUUUGCAAAGGCUGAAGAACUUACAAAAAAUGACUUCUGGGCUAGAGGAGGAAGAUUGUUCGAUUUGUUUAUCAAAAAUCAAACCAUGUCAAGCAAUAUUUAUAUCGCCAUGCUCUCACAGUUGGCAUUACCAGUGCGUGAGACGUUUGGUUGUUUCAACUUACCCGCAAUUUGUUUGCCCAAACUGUAGGUCGAGCUGUGACUUAGAAGCAUCUUUGGACAGUGAUCUGGAUAGCGACGAGAAUGAAUUCGAUGUCAUUUCCGAUGAAGUUAAAGAUAUGGAUAUGCAGCAAGAUAGCGACUAA